CACGCAAUUAAAAUAGCAUUCGCCAGUAAUGACCCACUCACUGGCUGGGGGAUGGUCAGUCGUUUGCUGGGAGAUGACCCAGCUUUCUCUGCUCUGAUCCACGACAAGUUGCAGGUGCCCAACACUACCCGCAAGGCCUGGAAUGAACGUGACAACCGAUGUGAUAUCUGUGCCACCCACCUCAAUCAGCUGAAGCAGGAAGCCAUCCAGAUGGUGCAGACACUGGAGCAAGCAGCCACGCUGGAGCAGUAUGACCCACUGCCAGGCUCUCCCCCACCCCUCUCCAACAUCCCCUCGCUGGUGGGCUCACGUAACAUUGGCAGCCUGCAGGCCUCUCGGGACUGGGCCUUCGUCCCAGCUGCUUACGCUGCCACCACCACCUAUGCCAGCUUCUUGACCAACAAGCAUGGCGGCAAACCCAACUCACUGGGCAUCGUCGGAGGGGCAGAGAAGAAGGGCGGGUCUCCUGGGCAUUCAGUCACCAAGGCCGGGCUGCAGAUGGCCACCAGCCCCAGCAACGGCAACAUCCUGAGCUCAGUUGCCAUCCAGGCCCAUCAGUACCUGGAAGGAACAUGGUCUGUCUCCAGGACAAACGGUGUGACGCUGUAUCCCUACCCAAUAUCACAGCUGAUGUCCGAGAAUUGCCGGGAAGGUUUGACUGAGGCGGUUCUGAACCGUUACAACUCCGACAAGCCAUCGGUGUACAGCUUCCCGAGCUCCCAGGGUACCUACGUGUCAAGUGUGGCCUCAAGUGGGACCUCAGCUGCAGCCUCAUUCUUUGCAAGAGCUGCCCAGAAACUCAACCUGUCCUCCAAGAAGAAGAAACAUCAUCGGUCUCCCGCUCCGAAUGUCUCCGAGUCCCCGCUGUUCCCGACCAAUUUCAGCGGCAUCCUGCAGAUGUCCCCACCCCCGGCACCCCCGUGCCUCCUGCGAGCCAUCAACAAGGUCAAGGAGAGCCCAGGGAUGGGGAAGGUGAAGGUUAUGCUACGGAUCUGCUCGGCAUCGGUUGGGGACAUGUCAGAAUCCAGCUGCUUCUUCAAAGUGGACCCCCGCAAGAAGCAGAUCACACUGUACGACCCACCGGUAAAUGGGCUGCAGAAUUCCUCACAGAAGAGGGGGGGCCUGGUGCCACCAAAGAUGUUUGCUUUUGACGCUGUCUUCCCACAAGAUUCAUCGCAGGCUGAGGUAUGUGCAGGAACCGUAGCAGAAGUUAUCCAAUCGGUGGUGAACGGUGCCGAUGGCUGUGUGUUCUGUUUCGGACACACCAAACUGGGAAAGUCAUACACCAUGAUUGGAAAGGAUGAUUCCAUGCAGAAUCUUGGUAUCAUCCCUUGUGCCAUCUCCUGGCUCUUCAAACUAAUUAACGAGAGGAAAGAGAAGACAGGGGCACGGUUCUCAGUCAGAGUCUCUGCCGUGGAAGUCUGGGGGAAGGAGGAAAACCUGAAGGAUCUACUGUCUGAGGUAGCAACGGGCAGUUUGCAGGACGGCCAGUCCCCUGGAGUCUAUCUCUGUGAGGACCCCAUCUGCGGCAUGCAGCUUCAGAACCAGAGCGAGCUCCGUGCGCCAACGGCGGACAAAGCUGCCUUCUUCUUGGACGCUGCUAUCGCUGCACGACGGAGCAGCCGGCCCGAGUGUGAUGAGGAGGACCAGAGGAACUCCCACAUGCUGUUCACUUUGCACAUCUACCAGUACCGCAUGGAGAAGAGUGGCAAGGGGGGAAUGUCAGGAGGUCGCAGCCGCUUACACCUCAUUGACUUGGGCAGUUGUGUAAAAGUGCUGAGCAAAAGUCGCGAGGGGGGCUCAGGCCUCUGUCUGUCCCUGUCUGCACUGGGGAAUGUCAUCCUGGCUCUCGUCAAUGGCACCAAGCAUAUUCCGUACAAGGAGAGCAAGCUCACCAUGUUGCUGCGGGAAUCUCUUGGCAACCUGAAUUGCCGGACCACCAUGAUCGCCCACAUCUCGGCUUCCUCCAGCAACUACUCUGAAACCCUGUCCACCAUCCAGAUCGCGUCGCGGGUCCUCCGAAUGAAGAAGAAGAAGACAAAGUACACCUCCAGUUCAUCCGGGGGCGAGAGUUCCUGCGAGGAAGGAAGGAUGCGCCGGCCCACACAACUCCGACCAUUCCACCCGAGAGGAGCAGGGGACACGGACCUCCCCAUCUUAAACUUGUCGAGUGACCCAGACUACUCGUCCAGCAGCGAGCAAUCGUGCGACACUGUCAUCUACGUGGGCCCCAAUGGCACCGCCCUGAGUGAUAAGGAGCUGACCGACAACGAGGGGCCGCCCGACUUUGUGCCCAUUAUUCCCUCGCUGCAGAAGAACAAGAAUGAGGCAAGGCCCGAGGUUGGCACUGAGCCUGUGCCAGUACUCCCCGAGAAGGACUGCCUGAAGUGUAACACCUUUGCUGAGCUGCAGGAGCGGCUUGAGUGCAUCGAUGGCAGCGAGGAGCCUGACAGAUUCCCCUUUGAGGAGCUUCCUUGCAGCGAGCAGCCUGGGAAGGGCGAGGAGGCACAGGCCCAGAGGGCAGAGGCCCAACAAGGGCUGGGACUGAACUCAGCACACUGGGCUCCUGAGGAGAACACAGAGGACGCGGGUCCUGGCGUAUUGCGACCUCAGGCCGCCCAAUCCCCUGUGCCGCAAGGCAGUGGUGGUUCCGCACCAUCCUCCCCCAGGAGUGUCAUGGGAGGCAGCAGCACUCAACUGAACGUGUCAAGGAGUCAGAGCACCAAGGAGGUCCCACACAGUAGCGGCAGCGCGGAGGUUAAACCCAGACCCAUGGGCUCCCCAAGGCUUGGGAUAGCAAGCCUCUCGAAGAGCUCUGACUACAAACCCCAACAUUCACCCUCCCAGCGUUGCAAGGUAUACACCCAGAAGGGGUCGUUGCUCAGCACAGCUCCUCCCCCACCCCAGACACCGACCAGGGACUGCAGGAGGGCCUGCGGUGAGCUCCUAGAGCAGCCUGAAAUCAGGGCAGCCCCUGUGGGAAUGAGCCCCCAAGUGGUGAAGAGACCUGUGUCCUCGGGCACACAGUACUCGCAGGACGCUGCAUUCUCAGACCAAGAGCAGGAACUGGCGGACAACGGCAAGACCGAAAUGAUGAGCCGGGCCACAGUCACCUUGCAGCAGCCCCUGGAACUGAACGGGGAGGACGAACUGGUGUUCACUCUGGUCGAGGAGUUGACCAUCAGCGGCAUCCUGGAGAACGGGCGCCCCACUAGUAUCAUCAGCUUCAAUAGCGACUGCUCGGUGCAGGCCUUAGCCUCAGGCUCCAGGCCUGUCAGCAUCAUCAGCAGCAUCAACGAGGACCUGGACUGCUAUUCGACUGCUAGCCCCUUCUCCGAAGUCAGCAUCACCAAGUUCCUGCCGUUCCCCAAGCCAGGCCUUGACGAGAAAGUCUUGGUUUCCAGCAGCCGUCGCUCGUCCAUUAGCUCCUGGCUCAGUGAGAUGAGCACUGGGAGUGAUGGCGAGCAGUCCUGCCACAGUUUUGUCACCCAGACCUGCAGCGGCAAUGGUGAAGCCUUGGCCGACCCCUCACUGCUGGAUGUGGCAGGCAGUCACCAGGAGGAGUGCGUGGCGUACACGCGGAGUGGGAAGUACUCCGUCAUGGACAAGUUCUUCAGCAUGUCGGAGAAGGCCGGAGAGGCCAAAGGCCUGUACCAGAUUGCUGCCAACCAGAACUGCAAGAUCGCGGCGCUGGGGAAGACGACAGUUCGAAUAUCGAACGCCUCGGGACUGCCCAGGGCCGAGGGCUGUUUUCCCAUCAAGACGAACAUUUCAGUGCACCCCUGCAUCAGGCUGAAGCAGAUGCAUUUCCCCGACCAGAGUGACAUGUUGGCGUCUGUCCGCUGUCCUCCCGUGUCCCCCCACCAUCGCCAUGGCAAAGCUGCCGGCACCUCGCAGGACAUGACCUUUGACGACCCGUGGUUGAAGCGCGAGGAGGAGGAGGAGGAGGAGGAGGAGGAAGACGGCGAAGAGGAGGAGCUGGAGGAUGCUGGGCUGGACGGAGGUGAGAGUGUUGAUCCAGGGGGGAGUCAGAAGCUGACCUCAGCGGAGAGCCUGUGCAGUGGCAGGGCUGAAACCCCUGUCUCCCCCAUGCGGGGAGAUCCGGCCAAGAGGGUGGUGGAUGGCUGUGAGAUGGCACUGACCACUUCCUGCAGCCAGAGCUCCACCCUCUCGUUGGACAGUCUGAAGGAGGGCAACCUGUCCCGGGCACUGCAGCGCCCGCUGCUGGCCAAACAAGACCAGCUGGAAGGCGCCUCCCUCAGGCCGCUGUGCCUCUCUGCAGAGAGCAGCAGCACCUCAGCCACGACGUCACAGGCGUCCACCCCCUGCAGCCCUAAGGCCACCCUGGAGAGGAGGGUGGGCUCCCCCAACAAGCACAGCCUGCUGCCCUCCCGGCCCAAAGGGAUGCCCCCGCUGCCUCCCGUCAGGAAGUCGAGCCUCGAUCAGAGGAACAGAGCCAGUGUCCAGCACACGCCGGCCGGCAGCAGCUCCUUGACCCAGGUUACACCGACGUCGGCAGCUACACCAGACGAAGGCAGUGCCCCCUUCAAAGCCAAGGCCCCCAACUUGGAGAAUUGUAGCAAAGCGAGCAGUGGGAAAGACGAGCUGUUCAGCAGCCGGCCUAACUCCCUCAACAGGCGGUAUGCUGGCCAGUACGAGUGCCUGUCUUUGGAGAGGGCGGGGAGCUUGACGUCCAUGGGGUCAAAGGUCAAUGCGUCCCGCGACAGCACGAUGCCUCGUACGGGCCGGAGCUUGAAUCGCGCCGCCGUGUCUUCGCCCACGCAGCCUUGCACUCCGCCAUCACUGGGCACCUCCCCAAAGUCCAGUGCCUCCAAGAUGUCGGCGGUCAGCAAGCUGCUCCUGGCUGGCCCCAAGUCACGGAGCCUUUCAGCGUCCACCACCAAGACACUGAGCUUCUCCACCAAGUCGCUGCCUCAGUCCGUCGGCCGCAGCUCCAGCAUGCCGUCCAACUCGAAGAACAUGUCCUGGUCCACCCAGUCACUGAGCAGCAAGCAAAGCAGAGGUUCCAGCAUCGUGGCCAAGCUGCCCCUGAGAGCCGUCAACGGCAGGAUCUCAGAGCUGCUCCAGGGAAGCGCAGCAGCCAGGGGCAGCCAGCAGCGAGGCAGUGCAGAGUCUGAGAAGUGGAGCCUGCACUCGGGCGAGAAGUCCCCCCCUCAGGCCCUCCCAUCGCCCUACAGCAAAGUCACCCCCCCCCGGAAACCUCACCGGUGUAGCAGUGGCCAUGGCAGUGACAACAGCAGCGUGCUGAGUGGUGAACUCCCCCCGGCCAUGGGCAAAACUGCCCUGUUCUACCACAGCGGAGGCAGCAGCGGCUAUGAGAGCAUGAUCAGGGACAGCGAGGCCACGGGAAGCGCAUCUUCCGCCCAGGACUCCAUGAGUGAAAACGGAAACUCAGCAGUGGGUAGAUCCAGGAGCAUGAAAUCUCCAAAGCGAAGGAUGAACACAGGUUCCCAGAGGCGGAGAGUGCUCCCAAGCCUGUCCCCUGAUGCAGCAUCUCCGGCCCGAAAACCGGUCAACAGCUCCGGGGUCCGCUGGAUUGACCUUCGACCUGUGCAGAGGGGCCUGGCUGAACCGUUUGAGAUCAAGGUCUACGAGAUUGAUGAUGUGGAACGACUACAGAGGAGGCGGGCAGCAGACAGCAAGUUGCGGGGAUUUGUAUGCUUCAACACAAAACUGAAGAUAUUGGAGCAUCGACAGCAGAGGAUCUCGGAGGUCAAAACCAAAUAUGACAUACUGAAGAAGGAGCUGGAAGCCACUAAACAGCGCCUGAUGCUGGAUCCGAGCAAAUGGCUCAGUGAGUUCGAUCUGGAUCAAGGUUUCGAGGUUGACUCGCUGGAAUAUCUGGAAGCUCUAGAGUGUAUUACCGAGCGGCUGGAACACCGGGUCAACUUCUGCAAAGCCCACCUCAUGAUGAUCACAUGCUUCGACAUCGCCUGUGGGAGGCGCUAGCGAGGCUGGGCGAGUGAGUGCUCAUGGCAGAGGAGGACAUCGGAGAAGAAGGAGGAUUACAAAAAAAAACACCCAAAGAUACCAGGAAGAGGAUGACGGAGGCGUGAAGUGUGCAGCAUGUACGCGAAAUGAGUUUUGUUUCUCUCAACAGCAGAAUGUACACAGAAGGAUGGAAAAGAAUGAGUGGAGGGGAUGAAUAUUGGAGCGUGAGAAUGUUCACUCUUCCAUCAGAUUGUCAAAGCACUUUGAGGAACUUUUGCUAUGUUGUAAAUAGGAACCACUUGCUCCAGUUCCCCUUUAUUCACUGGGUUGGGUGGGUGAUAGUGGUUGGGAGGGGGAAUGAAGGGCUGUUGCUAAGAAAUUCAUAAUGAUAUACAGAAGGACAAUAAGUGCCUUGUAAACUUUAUUAUAUUAUAUUAUCCAAAAUCUUACAUGGACGCAUUAUUGUACAGUUGGUGCUAGAUGAUGAAUGUUUCACCGUGCUGUUAUAGAGGCAGUAUCCAUUUUGUAAACCAAACUUACACCUAUACUCCAUCCCAAACCAGCAUUCUCCCCAAGCUUGGCGGUAACGUGGAAUUCGAUUGCGGGCAGGGGACAAUACCAGUGAUCUUGCUUACCUUAUGGGUCCACGGAAGAAUAUUUCAUAACAUUUUGAACCAAUUUUGACUGAUGCUACAUGGUAGUCCUCUUUUUAUAUCAAGGUUUGGCGAACUGUAAAGGGCGUCGUUGUGUGGAGUUGAGUUUUCAAGAAUCAGUGGAACUACAUUGAACAAAAAUUAAAAAAUAAUGUUUCAGUAAAGGAUGAAAUCAAGGUUGUUUUACUCGGUGUUUUAACUACUUGCUGUUUUUAAGUAACUUUGUAUCUAGAGAGUAGGUCAGUAGUCAGGAAGCAGCACAUUAUUAAAGUGAAUGUCUUUUACUAAUGAUGAAUAGACCACUCAGGGCCACAAUGAUGCCUCUCAGGCAGAUCCCUGCUAGCUUUGUACAAUUUAAGACCAGUUCAAAAGCACGUAUGGACAUCUUUAUUAAUGCUGGUUGUGGGAUCAUUUAACAAGAUAAACACACACACACACAUACACACACACACACACUAUAAAUGUAACCCAGCUUCUCCUACGUUCUGUACACGCGAGUGAACUUGCAAGCAGUGCAUAUUUAGUGCUGUUACUGGAAGAGCCUUUCCAUCAUCUUUGUAGGCCACUCGGCCACCUCACCUCCUCCUGCCUCCUUCUGAACCUGCUCUGCUGGCCAUGGCAGUUCCAAAUGUUUGACACCAUUAACCCGCAGCUCCAGAAUCCUGGUUAGCUUUAACCAACCAACAGUGUGCAUCUUGAAAUCUCAUUAGAGUGUCGUUUGUUGACGAUGAAACUCAAAUUAUUUGUGAUGAGGCUGCAAGGCAAAAUUUGUCCAGUCUCUGUCCGGGCUGGCAAUGGUCCUGCUAAGGAAGCAAUGACAUCGGUGGAUAUUGUACAGAAAAUCUGCCACCAUCAUGCAAUACUGCUUUGGGUUCUUCACAUGCUGGAAUUACAGUAGAGGUUUGGAUGGGAUACAACUGACCUAAACCAUGAUGGAAUGUGUUGAAGCAAGAGGUUCAGAGAAGCUGAUUAAUGGAAUUGGCAUCUUUCUAAUUCUGGCUUGGAUAAUCUGGCAUUUAACAAGGAAGUCUCUGAGGUAAACUAAACUAAAUUCUGGGAAGCUUGUUGUGAAAAUAAAAGUCCCCUCUUGUUUUCCAUGUGUUCUGUCUGGCUGCUUAAAUUGAAUUACUGCUAUUUUAAACCAACUACUCAUCAGUAAAGCAAACAUUAGAGCUUAGGCCAUGGUAAAAGGCUACAAUACUAUCUCCAUUUUCAAAUCAGACUCCAUCCCCAUUGCUUUGUCUCUGGCUGCAGCACAGUAACUUCCAUCCAGUUCUUAAUUUGUGGAAAAUCAGUUGCACUGACCUCAUUACCGUGUACCCAAAUGUAACAUUUAGCCUGCGCUACCCCCAGACCCAACGCCAGCUUCUGCUGGUUACAGUGCGAAACUGACUGGAACCCGAGAGAGCUUUGCAAAGCAUGAGUUGGAAAUAAUGUUCACAUUUAAGUAUGUCUGUCUCCAUUUCAAUAUUAUACCACGGUGGCAUACUUAAAAGGGCUUCAGUUAAAUGAUAAAUUCACACAACAAUGGCAGAUGACAGAUUGCUAGAUGGAGAUUAAAAGGUUACAACCCCAUACCCACCAGCCCCUCCCCUCCCUCGGCCUCAACAUUCGACCUGAGUUAAUAUAGCAAACAGGUCAGGGAUGUGGCACACACAGUUCUGGGUUCAUCAGUUUUAUGGCGGGUGAUUAUUUUAUUGCUCUUUCCUUCCACAAAGGACACGAUUAAAAGAGCAAACACGGUGCUGAAGUAAGCUAAUCAUUGCCAGAUAUGGCCACAGGGUCAAAACACUUCACACCUGUUGUCACCUGGAGCAAGGGCUUUUCCUGAGGAGUCCACAAUCCCUCAGGGAGUUUCUACACCCAAGGAAUGAGUGAGACUGAGCUUGGUGUUUGUCUGCCUGAGAAGCACAUUGCGUCUGUGUGGUCAUUCUCAAAGUUGUGCAUUAUAUUUUCCAGAUAUUUGUCUCUUUAAUGGUGCUUGUGGCAGCUUUAGCUCUGAAUGUUUAUAAGUCAAACUCUUUUUCUUUUGACUUAAAUUAAUCCCACACUUCGAGCUGCUGUCUAACACAUCUUCGUCAUGUUAUGUAUGAAGGACAUAAUUUAUUUAUGAACUCAGGAUGCUCUUGUUUUAUAAAGUUGCUUGUAUUUUGUAAUUUAUUUACACAUCACGAUAAGAAGCUAACCAGUGCUAACUAUGCAUUGUUAUGUACAGUCGCCUGAUCCACAUUGUAUUACCUUUGUUCCAGCUUGGUUUCCUUUGCAUUGUAAUCUUGGACGUGUCAGAACAGUUGAGGCUUGCUGUUUACCUAACCCCCUUUGUAUAAAAUGUGUACCAUAGUCAAAUAUUGUAGCCUGGUAUUGUGAAUAAACAUUAUAUUUUACAUCCUGUUAAAAA